AUGGAAGAUCAACCAUUGACCAAAGCAGACCUGAAGGAUGUUACCGCGGCUCUUACCGCGGCCCUAACUGCUAUGACACAACAGAUGACAGAACAGAUGACACAACAGAUGGCGACGUUAAUGACGCCUUUAACUGACAGCAUCAACAACAUGAACCAGCGAAGAGACGGGGGAAGAGUACCGCAUAGGGUUCCGCACGGUGGCAACAACGGUCAUGCCAUUAUUACGGAAAAUUCAAGUUCUGAAGGAGAUGAAGCUGAUGAAGAAGAAAUAGUUGACCAAGGGAAUCAGAAUCAUAACCGGGACUACCGAGUGAAAGCUGAUAUUCCAUUGUUCUACGGAACUAUGGGAGUGGAGGAGUUUCUAGACUGGCAGAUUGAUGUUGACAGAUUUUUCGACGUCAUGGGCGUCCCCGAGAAUAAGCAAGUCAAGAUGGUGGCAAUCAGGCUGAAGAGUACUGCUGCUGUGUGGUGGGAUAAGCUUGUUAUCCAGAGGCAGAGACAGAGAAAAGGGCCAGUCAGAACUUGGCGAAGAAUGAAACAAUUGAUGAUGGAGCGAUUUCUACCAGAAGAUUACGAGCAGAUUCUUUAUAAGAUGUAUAUCGAUUGUGAGCAAGGAAAGAAGUCUGUGACGGAGUAUACAACUGAGUUCUUACGUCUUUCUGAGCGUAACGAACUGGGAGAAUCUGAAAAUCAGAAGGUGGCUCGAUACAUCAGUGGCUUAAAGGGUUCUUUGCAGGAGAAGAUGGGUUUGCAAACUGUGUGGACUGUGGCUGAAGCAUCCAGUCUAGCUUUGAAGGCUGAAUUGAUAGAGAAGUCCCCUCGAAAUUUCCCAUCUUUCCGAAGAUACUCUCCCCAAAACAACAUCGAGUCAGCAUGCGAUAAGGAAAAGAGCCCAACAACCAAGGAUCCCAAUUCAGGAAACAAAGGAGCCAACAGUUCUAGCGGUGUGCAACAGAGCAAGACACCCAACCAGAAACCAACUAAUCCUUAUGCGAGACCGGCAAUUGAUAAGUGUUUUCGUUGUGGUGGGCAAGGUCAUCGAUCCAAUGUUUGUCCUUCUAGGAGAACCGCCGCCAUUCUGAAUGAGGAGACUGAGGAGGAAGAGGAGAACAAUGACUAUGAAGGGGUUGAGUUUGCUGAAGAGGAGUCUGAGGAAAGAGUAAACUUUGUGCUCUUGAGGAUCCUGCUAUCAUCCAAAGAAGAAAGUCAAAGGAAGAAUUUGUUUCGAUCACACUGUUCUGUUAAGAACAAGGUGUGUAACUUGAUCGUGGACAACGGCAGCACUGAGAAUUUGGUUUCCCAAAAGCUGGUAGAGUACUUGAAGCUGACAACAGAGCCUCAUGAGAAACCGUACACCUUGGGGUGGGUGAGUAAAGGGCCACAUGUGAAAGUUUCACAGACUUGCAAGGUACCUAUUUCCAUUGGGAAGCACUACAGAGAGGAGGUAUUGUGUGACGUUUUGAGUAUGGAUGUUUGUCAUAUUUUACUUGGGCGGCCUUGGAUGUAUGAUACUGAUACUACAUACAAAGGAAGGGAUAAUGUGAUGUUGUUUACAUGGGGAACACACAAAAUUGCUAUGGCUCCUGUUUUGCACUUUGACAAGGGUCCAGUAGAAAAGAAGUCCAGUUUCUUGGUGAUGACACAGAAUGAAAAGGAGCUUGAUGAGGAUGUAAAAGAAACUAAAUGCUUCUGUCCAGUGGUAAUUAAAGGAUUGAUGAGCGUUGUCAAAGAGGAACCGAUAAUUCCAGAAGAGGUCCUAGAGAUUCUAGAGGACUUUAAAGAGCUGACUGCAGAUGAGCUACCCAACGAGUUGCCUCCGAUGCGAGAUAUUUAG